AAUUAUUCAAUCAGUGCAGCGCGAGUGUCUUAUUGACUACAAACCAGUUACUAUAAAUCCAUUCAAAAUUUGAGAUGCCAUUUCCUAAAUUCCUUUCAGAUUUAACAUAAACUCUGGGAGAAAUUGGAGAACUGAUGGAUGCAAGGCCUUUGGCUCACGAAGCUAAAUGCCCUCACUUGAAUGAUACCCCAGAUGUUAGCAGCCACGCGCGUAUAUGUGACCUACCUGAUGAAAUUCUUCUGCGUAUCCUGGGUCUUCUGUCAUUAAAAGAAGUUGUUCGAACAAGUCUGUUGUCGAAAAGGUGGGAGUAUCUGUGGACGUCAAUUUCUAGUCUUGUCUUCAGAGAAGAUGAAAGCAACAGGAGGUUCAUGAACUUUGUGGACAGAGCAUUGUUACUUGGCCAGUCCACUCCUUUGAAAUUAUUUUCUCUUAAUUAUGUGAUUGAUGGUGAUGAAUAUGUCAGUGGUGAUGAGUCUCGUAUAAAUUCGUGGAUUACUGCCGCAAUAAGGCGCAAUGUUCAGAAGCUUCAAUUGCACCUUGGAAUAGAACAUCUUUCUUUUAAUUACAGUUUACCUAGUUGUAUAUUCAGAUGUGAGACGCUGACAGAAUUGCAUCUGUUAUUGAAUGGUACCCUCAGACUUCCUUCUUCGGUACGUCUCAAGAAUCUGAGGGUCUUAGCUCUUGAGUAUCUUCAUUUUGCGGAUGAUAGGUCGAUGGAGCAGCUGUUUUCAUGCCCUUCCCUUGAGAUGUUGUCCCUGGAAUAUUGCAUUUGGCCGGAGGAUAUGACUUUGCAUAUUUCUGCUCCUAACCUUUUGAGCUUGUCCAUAGUCGAACGCGACUCUUUUCUAGAUAUCGGAAGUCACUCUCACAUCAAGAUCCUUGGCUCCUGUAUGAAGUCCUUUGACUAUUAUGGUGAACUUUUGGAUGAUUAUGACAUAUCUGGCUCACCCUCUUUGGAAGAGGUAAUCAUCAAUUUGUUUCAUCCAUCCAACGUAGAGAGAAAACCAGAUCAAUGUGCCCAGCAUGCAUAUAAGCUUUUGAAGGAUCUUUCUCAUGUUAAACUCCUGACUUUAGCUGAGGACAUUCUUGAGGACUUGGAUGAAAAUAGGGGGAUUCUCGAUCUUGACUCCAUCCCCAUCUUUGGUUAUCUUACCAAAUUGAAAUUCACAACUCGCAACGUGGACCUAGAUUCUGAAGCAUUUCAGGUUUUGCUCAGCAAAUGCACAAUUCUAAGGAGUCUAGAGUUUGAAGCGGGUGUUUCCAUCGAGUCUGUAACGGCCGGAGGGAUAUUGGAUCCGGCACCUCAGUGUUUUCUGAAGUCACUGAAGGAGAUCACAAUUGGUUACUUCGAGGCGGCUGAUUAUGAACUCCUGGCUGUAACGAUUUUGCUCGGGGCUGCUGCGGUUCUGGAGGAACUAGUUAUACAUUGCACAGAGCAGUGUUCCAAGAAUUUCCAUGGGGACUCGAUGGAAGCAUUGCUGGCACUCCCGAGGGCUUCAAGUAGAUGUGCAAUUCGCUUUUUGCCAUGUGAAAUGCAGUUGGAGGAAUAGCUUUCUCUGGUAACUUUUGUCGAUCGCAAUUGGAUGUGUAGGUUCCUUCUUUGUUUCGCUGGAAUGAACAGCUCUCUGUGACAUCCAUAAUUACAGUCGUAUUUGGAGAUUUAUGUUCUUGAGAAUGAAUUGCUGGCUUU